UCUCCAUCCGCCCACCAUCUUGGAUCUGCACUCCUGCCCUGCUCGCCCAAGCGCCCCCACUGCACAAGCUCGCACCAUGAUGGCCUCCAACACUAUUCUCACUCCCGAGGUUCUCUGGGCUCAACGACCGGACGAGCUCUUCGUUACCAUCUCGGUCUCCGAUCUUGUCAACCCCUCCAUCGACUUUUCUUCCUCCCACCUCAAGUUCUCCUCCGACACUGUCGAUGGCAAGCGCUACGAAGUCACCCUGGAGUUUCUGAAGGAGAUCGAUCCUCAGGCCUCCAAAAAGCACGUCACCGCCCGUCAGGCCUUCUUCGUGCUCUCCAAGAAGGACAAGAACGAGGCUUAUUGGCCACGCUUGCUCAAGGCUUCUGGCAAGCCGCACUUUCUCAAGACUGAUUUUGCCCGAUGGAAGGAUGAGGAUGACGACGAAGAGGAAGACACUGGCAAGCCCAACUUUGACAUGGACAUGAGCCAGCUGGGCGACUUUAAUGGCAUGGACUUUUCAAAGAUGGGCGGUAUGGGUGGCCUCGGCGGUAUGGGUGGCCUCGGCGGCAUGGGUGGCCUUGGUGGAAUGGGCGGCCUCGGCGGCAUGGGCGGCGACGACUCGGAUGACGACUUGCCUGAAGACGAAGAGGCUCCUCCUACCGAGUCUGCUUAAGACGACUGGGCAUUGACGAUGUUUGGAAAAUACAGACAAGAAUCCCGGUCAUUGGGAGCGUAUGAUCGCGUUGUAGCGACCAUGAAACGAAAUGGGACAUCGUAUUGAUGAAAUAACCCAUCGCCGUUUUAUCCUUUUCGGAAUCAUGAAUAUAUUUGUUCAGUAAGCAUGUACAAGAGCACCAUCC